AUGGAACGUGCUAUCAGCGAAUUUUGUACAAAAAUUAUUGAUAAUGAUUGUACAUUGAUGUAUUUUUCUGGACACGGAAUGGAAGCAGAGGGUAUAAAUUACUUGUUGCCUAUUGAACCGCGUUACGAUCCAACAUCGAAUUGUAUAGAUUUGAAUGCAGUGUUAAAAGGCUUAAAUAAUUGCGGUAAAAAUCUUUUAAAUAUCAUCAUUUUGGAUGCUUGUCGCGCUGAUAAAAAUAAUGAUACAUGGAAAGGGAAAGCUAUAAAUCAACAAGAAUCUUCUAAACCAGCCUUUGGAAAAGCAUUUACGUCAAAUGUUCGCAUACCAGUUGACUCACAAUUUGCCAUAAUCUUUUCAAGUGAUUCUGGCACAGUCUCGUUUGCCAAUUAUAUUUCGAUUCCUCUGCGUUCGGGUGGAAUUGAUUUUAAUGCGAAGUGGAAACAAAAUGGUGUCAUAGUGGCGGGAAAAAACGAAUUAGGCACUGGACCGAAUCAUUUGAGUCUUCCGGUUGGUUUGUAUGUUGACGAAUAUAAAAAUGUUUAUGUCGCUGAUUGGUUUAAUAGCCGCAUCGUUAAAUGGGAAUUUGAAAAAGAAAGUAGCCGUUGGAUGGCUGGUGGAAAUGGUAAAGGAAACAAAGAUAACCAGUUAUAUUUUCCGACAGAUAUGAUUGUUGACAGAAAGAGAGAUUGUUUGUUCAUCUGCGAUACGGGUAAUAAAAGAUUGGUUCAAUGGCCUCUAAGAGGUAUCCAAAGUGGAAAGACGAUUAUUCCAGAACUCAUGUCCUACGGAUUAACAAUGGACGAAAAGGGAUUUCUCUACAUUUGUGACUAUGAAAAGCAUGAGGUUGUACGAUGGCAGGUUGGUGAAACUCAAAAAACAGUGGUGGCAGGUGGAAAUGGGCAAGGAGAUGGUCCUGAUCAGCUCAAUUGUCCAAUAUCUGUGUUUCUCGAUCGAAAACAAUCCGUGUAUGUAUCAGACUACGGAAAUCAUCGAAUUGUAAAGUGGGCGAAAGAUGCAAAAACAGGCAUUCGGGUAGCCGGCAGUGAAAACUCAGGAAAUACACGCUCACAAUUAUCAAAGCCUCGUAGUAUUGCCGUCGAUCAACAUGGAACUAUAAUGAUCGCCGACGCUGGCAAUCAUAGAAUCGUUGCUUGGUUGGAAGGAGCGAAAGAAGGGUCUGUCAUUGUUGGCGGAAACUCCAGGGGAUCACAACCACACUCACACUCACACUCACACCCACAUCCACACACACACCCACACUCCACCCCCACCCACACCCAAACCCAAACCCCGAAAAUUGUAUUUUUAAAAAUUUUCAUUUAGUGAAAGAUUGUAAAAAUAAAAAGUACAAGAGAAUGAGAACUUUCACUGGAUCAUUCCUUAACAACCACAAAUAUUAAGUUCUGUCGAUUUCGCAUUUUUGUAAUCUAUGGUUUUCA